AUGUCCUUCGACCCCGUAAUGCCCCCCUACAACGCCUCCGACCCCACCGCCCGCUUCCUCUCCGCCUCAUGCCUCGACCUGCUGCUCAUCGAGCUCGUGCCCAUGGCCUACCGCCUGACGAAUGAGCUGGAGCUUGUGGCGCGCCAGCAGGAGAAUGAGGUUGCUGCUGCCGCUGCGGCGGCGGCGGCGGCGGCGGCGGAGGGGGUAGAGGGUGGGGAGGGGGGUGCUGCGGGGAGGUUGUCGUCUGGGUUGGGGUCGGGGUCAGGGGCAGUGGCGGGUGGUGGCCCUGGGGGGACGGGGGCCGAGACGGAGACGGUGAUGGAUGAGGAGGAGGAGAGGGGGGCGGUGUUUUGGCGGUUGGAGCGGAUCGGGUAUCGCGUGGGGCAGGGGCUUGCCGAGAGGUUCUCCCGCGACCGGCCACGCUUCAACGACACGCUGGAUGUGAUCAAGUUUCUCUGCAAAGACAUCUGGACACUUGUCUUCCGGAAGCAAGUGGACAAUCUGAAGACAAACCACAGGUUCCUCUGGUUCCCCUGUGGCAUCGUCCGCGGCGCACUAGCAGGGCUCGGCAUCACCGCGACGGUGCACGCCGAGACGACUCAAAUGCCGACCGCGAUCUUCCAGAUCAAGACCGUGCCGGCCAAGUCGUAA